UCUGGCCCUCCACACCACCUGCAUUUGCCUUCUCUUUCAUGACGCUUUUCCGCCCUCCCGUCCCGAUCCCCACAGCACGUUGCUCACCUUAGCAACUCGCGCUGAUAACCAUACCCAAAUCCAUCAACGAGAUGACAACCAUGGACGACUAUAUGGAUGCCCCCAUGGACGCGGAGGAUGUCUUUCCCUGCAAAGGAUGUGGAGAGAUCCUCGAGGAGGGAAAAGCCUUCGAGCUCGCCGGAAACAGAUGGCAUCUCGAUUGCUUCAGAUGCAAUACCUGCAACACCCUCCUCGACUCCGAUGCAAACCUCCUCCUGCUUGGCGAUGGUUCUCUCAUAUGCAACAAUUGCACAUACAGUUGCAGCGCCUGCGGCAACAAAAUUGAGGAUCUUGCGAUCCUCACCGGUGACCAGGCUUUCUGCGCAACCUGCUUCCGGUGUAGGAACUGCAAGAGGAAGAUCGAAAAUCUACGAUACGCCCGAACAUCACAGGGGAUAUUUUGCAUGAGUUGCCAUGAGUCUCUCAUGGCAAGAAGGCGGAAGAAGUCCAAAGCUGCUGCCCAAGCCAAGGCACGGGAGAAAGAGGGCUCGCCCAUGAUCAAGGACAAAUCUCUGCCAGCCUUGCCGCCGAAUGCCAUACCUCCCAACGCCUUCUCCAACGACCUCGUAAGCCCUGACUCGGAAGCGCCCACCGAGCUGUCUCCCCGCCCCCGGCCCGCUUACCCGAGGCACGACUCGUCCAGGAGCAGCUCGAGACCGCCUCGGUCCCCCGAGAGGCCUGUGGAUUCCGCGAAGGAUUCCUCCCUGGUGCCCCCGGCAACUGGCUAUCGGAACAAUCGCAAUUCCUCCAUCAUAUCGGGAGACAUGACCAGCGCGGAUGCAGACAGUUUCUUCAUCCCUGUUGCCCUAGACCCAAGCCCGGCUCCUACGCCCACCCCAAGGUCAACUUCUGAGGGCUUGGCCGAUGUGAGCAAGAAAGCAAGGGACAACAAGGACUAUUUCAGCAUGUCAAAGCAUGGCUCGGCAUCCGAAAAGAAAACAGACUCACAAGCAUCCACCCCUCACAUAGCAUUCCAGGAGAAAGGGAGGAAGAUAUCCUCUGAUUAUGAGAGUCCUCAGUCGGAGCGACCUGCCCGCAAGCUAUCGAAGAGGAAUGGCCAACCCAAGGCUUCCCCUAUUCCCGGCGAGGAUCGCAGGACAUCCAAUGGCAAAGUUCAGACAGCCGCCGACGAGUUCAAGCUCCAGGAUGCUCCAAAGAGCAAGAAGUUAGUCAGCACAAGGAGCAACACACAUUCGCUUGUCGAUGCCGAGAACUCGGCAUCGACCAUGUCUGGCAGUGGUAACCCACGGAAGGAGAAGGAUCUCCCGCCAGCCCUCUCAAAAUCCGACUCACCUCCGCUUCUCAGUCCCCCAGACAACGUUGCAACACCUCAAAGCUCGCCAGACGCCCGCUUCAGAGACGACGAUGAAGUUCGCCCAUCUCUAGAUUCCCUCCACUCUAGCCGAUCAGAUAUGCCUAGCUGGCGAUCAAUAGCUCGAAAGGAGCUCCCUACGGGCGCCUCCUGGAACGUCAAUGGCAAGCCCACCUCAGGUUCAGGCCCACCCGCGAGGCCGGCAACUGCAGGUGACGCGCUUUCUGCAGCAAGCCCGGGCGUUUCUGGACCAGCGCCUCCAGAACGCAAGCUGAACGAUGCUUAUAUGCAGCCAAGAGCACCUCCGCAGCCUCCAAACCACACCCCGAAGGAGUCGUUAAGUUCUUCGGGCGAACCGCCGUCCCCGAAGGUGUCACCGAAGCUUCCUCGAUGGAGCAGUGGUGGGGACUUCAGCCUGGACGAGGAUAUGGCCAGAAUUCUGGGCACUGACGAAGGUUCGUCGUCGAUUCUACGCCGUGUCUCGAAUGUCGUCAGGCAUGGUCGGAACAACAGUACCGAGACGGGCAACAACCAUGUGCGGAUCGGCCAUAGCAGGAGCGUGAGCGAGACGACUCGCGCGACCGUCUCACCUCGUUGGCCGAAGACGCCAAUUGCCGAGAACGCCGGUCACGCUCAUGAUAUUAGCAGUCCCAUCUCUUUGUCUGGUGGCGCCGGAAAUGAUCCCGCCUUUUUGAAGCGGCGACUAAGAAACUCGGAGCACAGAGUCGCCGAGCUCGAGCGGCAAUUUAACACCGAGCUGGAUCUGAAGAAUCUCAACAAGAAGCUGGUUGAGAAACGGAAGACGGUCUCGGUGUUGGACACCCAGACCGAGAUUAUGAUUCGGCAGCUCGAGGUCCUUGCCGGCUAUGUCGAGCGUGCCAAAGAGACAAAGCAGCCGGUCGAUCCCCGAGAGCUGGAAGAGUCUGCUCUAAAGGACUUUGUGCAAAAACUGGACAAGCUCAAGCAGACCAUGGCUGCCUCCAUCGAGCAGCUGCAUGCGGAGAAAGACGAGUUGAUCGAGGAGAAGAACCAUGCGAUUGCCGACCGAGACCGCGCGCUCCUCGAAUUUGAGCAGCUUUCCUCCAAAAAUGCGCAGCUGGCGGAUCUCAACAACGACCUAACCCACCAGAUCCAGGAGCGCUUCAAGUCCCACAUCAGCUCCGAGCUCAAAUCCCCCAACGGUCUCGGCAUCUACGGCCACGCCAAGGGCAUGUCGAGCGCAUCGACUCACCUAGACUCGUCGAGCUUCCAAGGUGCCCCCUCCCUGGUCGGCACCGACGUGGAAGAGCCGGUGCUCGAGGGCCCUACGGUUGUGAAUAUUCGGAAGGGCCAAGUUCGCAAGUUCAACUGGAAGAAGGGGUCCAGCAAGGUGGCGCAGAACAUCACGAAAGGCAUCAACCGUGCUGCUGUUGCCUUCCAGCAGCAGGACCAGCCGCGACCGCACCAGGGACUGACUGGUGACAGUAUUGGCCUGCCCUACAACAUGACCAUGACUCAGGUCGAAUCCCCCGUCUCCCAUGGUCCUUUGUCCCAUGGUCCGCUGUCACAUGGUCCGCUUUCCCAUGGCCCCAACGGACAGAACCGAGUGACGAGCGAGUCUGCUGCAAAGGGCUUUGGCUUCUUCGGCAACAAGAAGCCGGUGGUGAGGUCGGUGACGGCUACCAAUGUUUCCACCCCGGCCAUCGCCGAAGCCCCAUCGAUCCUCUUCGGGUCCGACCUAGUUGAGAGAGCAGACUAUGAGCGGCGCCAGAUCCCCAGUGUGGUGACCCGAUGCAUUGAGGAGGUCGAGCUGAGGGGCAUGGACAUUGAGGGCAUCUACCGGAAGACGGGCGGCAAUUCUCAGGUCAAGAUGCUCCAGGAGGGAUUUGACAAGAGCGAGGAUUUCGACAUCUCGGACCCGGCCAUCGACAUCACAGCUGUCACGAGCGUCCUCAAACAGUACUUCCGUAAACUCCCUGUUCCUCUGCUCACUUUCGAGGUCUACGAGCGAAUCCUCGAGUCCAAUGGUACGUGCUGAUUGUUGCGGAACCUGUGAGGCUUUGGACUUUGCUAACCAUAUAUCUGUAGCCAUCCAAAACGAGACGGAGCGUUGCAAUCACCUGAGGAACACGGUCAACAUGCUCCCCCAGAAGCAUCGCGAUUGUCUCGAAUUCCUCAUGUUCCAUCUUGCUCGAGUAGCAGGCAGAGAGCGGGAGAACUUGGUACGGAACACAUCCCCGCAAAUCCCCGUCGAUCGCCGACAUGGUUGCUAACAAGUGAAUCAGAUGCCGCCCAAGAACUUGGCCGUCGUCUUCGCGCCCACCAUCAUGAGAGAUCACAGUCUCGAGAAGGAGAUGACAGACAUGCACGCGAAGAAUCUUGCAGUACAGUUCGUCAUAGAAC